AUGGCAGAUAUGCUAGUAGAUGGAGCUGCUCAUAACCAAAUGCUAUCUUUCAUGGAUGGCAAUGCAGGAUAUAACCAGAUUAUGGUGGUAGAAGAAGACAUCCACAAGACAGCUUUCAUGUGCCCAGGACAUAUAGGUGCUUUUGAAUAUACUAUAAUGCCUUUUGGCUUGAGAAAUGCAGGAGCCACUUAUCAAAGAGCAAUGAAUUCUGUUUUCCAUGAUAUGAUAGGGAAUUCUCUGGAAGUGUAUAUAGAUGAUGUGGUGAUUAAAUCCCCAGAGAAGGGAGAUCAUCAAGAACAGACAUUUAAGUGGGAGGAGCAGCAUCAACAGGCUUUUGAGGAAAUCAAGCAUCACCUUUCAAAUCCAUCAGUUCUGUGCCCACCAAAGAGAGGCAGACCGCUCAAACUAUAUGUGUCUGCAUUAGAAGUGUCCAUUGGUAGUCUGUUAGUUCAAGAUAACAAGGAAGGGAAGGAACAGACAGUCUACUAUAUGAGCAGAACUCUGACAGAAGUGGAAAGAAAAUAUUCUGCAAUUGAAAGACUUUGCCUAGCCUUAUACUUCAGUGCUGUGAAGCUCAGACACUACAUGCUGCCAUACACCAUCUACAUCAUUGCCAAGACAGACCUAAUCAAAUACAUGCUAACAAGGCCAAUGUUGAGAGGCAGAAUUGGAAAAUGGACUCUGGCUUUAACAGAAUUUGCCUUCAGAUAUGUUCCUCAGAAAGCUGUCAAAGGACAAGCUGUGGCAGACUUCCUAGCAGAUCAUCCAAGGGAAGAGAUUGAAAACAUGGACUCUUUGGAUAUAGCAAAUGCAGAUCUGCUAACUAGAGCUCAUACUUGUCUUAACAAUCCUAUCUAUUCGGUUCAUCUCACACCUUGGAAGCUGUAUUUUGAUGGAUCAAAAACUAAUAUAGCUUCUGGGGCAGGGAUUGUUUUGGAGGAACCAUUGGGAAUCAGACAUUGCUACUCCUUCCAGUUAGAUUUCCAAUGCACCAACAACAGGCUGAAUAUGAAGUUUUAA